AAACUCCCCAGGAACCUGUUUAUCCGCUUCCUGGCCAGGCUGGGGCUCCUACUGGAAGGACCGGGGACCUGGGCUGGACAUGGCCUCGGCCCUGAGCCCACCCCGGGGCCCCAAGCCCAAAGGUGUGCCACCUUCGCACUACUAUGAGAGCUUCCUGGAGAAAAAGGGACCCUGCGACCAGGAUUACAGGAAGUUCUGGGCAGGCCUCCAGGGUCUAGCCAUCUGCUUCUACAACAGCAAUCGGGACUUUCAGGCCCUGGAGAAGCUGGACCUGAGGCUGUUUUCAAAGCUCAAAGAUGAGGCUUGGUGGGGAAGCUCAAGGGACACCAGCUAUCACUUCAGCCUGGUUCUCCGGGACAAGGAGGUCAAAUUCAAGGUCGAAAGCCUGGAGUAUUGUGAGAUGUGGAAAGGAUUUAUCUUGACUGUGGUGGAGCUCCGUGUGCCAUCUAACCUGACCCUGCUGCCGGGGCACCUAUACAUGAUGGCCGAGGUUCUGGCCAAAGAGGAGGCGCGGCGGGCCGCCGAGGUGCCCUGGUGCUUCCUGCAGGUGAGCCGGCUGGAGGCGCAGAUGCUCCUGGAGCGCUACCCCGAGUGCGGGAAUCUGCUGUUGCGGCCUGGAGGGGACGGCAAAGAUAGUGUAUCUGUCACUACUCGACAGAUACUCAACGGGGCGCCAGUGGUCAAGCACUACAAGGUGAAGCGGGAGGGUCCUAAGUAUGUGAUCGACGUGGAAGACCCGUUUUCCUGCGCCUCACUGGAAGCUGUGGUCAACUAUUUCGUCAUGCAAACCAAGAGGGCGCUGGUCCCCUUCCUGAUGGAGGAGGACUAUGAGAAGGUUCUAGGUGUGUGUAAUGUGGGGCAGCCAAGGCCUGGACGGGGACACGCUGUGGGGGCUAUCUCCGGGCCUCCACACUGCCUCCAGGCUGCCCGCCCUCUCUGUUCCAGGCUUUGUGGACUCAGAUCGGGAGAAUGGCGAGAGUGUAUGGGCCGUGUCUUCCUCCCGGGGCUCAGGCCCUGCCCCCAUGCUAAUGUCCCAAAGCCACUCCUACCUGUGCCUGUGUCCAGCCAGGAGGACAGGCUGCCUCCACUACCUCCCGUGCCUCAGCUACUGGACCAGGAUGAGAACUAUGUGACCCCCAUUGAGGACUCCCUAGCAGCUGAGUACAUGAAUCAUGAUGUGUCUCCCUCCAGUCAGCCAGUCCCCUCGAAGCCCAAGAAGCCAGCGAAGCUCCCAGCAAAACCCCCAAAGCCACCAGUGAUGCCCAAACCGGGUAGGGCUCCGACCUCCCCACUUGCCCUCUCGGUGGCAGGUGGCUUUAGACCUCAUCUGUGUCCUUCUGCAGAUCUCAAAGCCAUCACCAGCGUAUGGGCCAGGAAGCCAGGUGGCGGCUUACCACAGGCUCCCUCCCUCGUCGUUACAAGGCUGAGGGAUAUCACGGCUGAGCUGGAAGAGAAACUGCAGAAGAGGAGAGCAUUGGAACACUGAUCCAAGCUCCAGGGACCAGUGGGCUAUCUCGGGGCACAGUAGUCCUCCACCGGCUCUGUCCUGAGGGGACUGGACAUACCCAGCAUGGAGGAAUGCCUGUCUUCCAAACAGUGAAGCAGGGACGACCCCUGGGAGGUUGGAGGCUAGCCUGAGCUGCACAGUGAUGUCCGUGGCAGCCUGGGCUACAGAGUGAGACCUUGUUUAAUAAAGUAAAAAAAAAACAACAAAG